UCCUCUGUUUUUCAAUCUGAGAAGUUUGGCAGUGACGGCAGAGUGACAAAUCCUCACCGAUCAGAAGCGGCUCUCCGUCUCUCUGCUUUUUGUCCAGAGAGACCUCGGGACCACUGAAGAAGAAGAAGAUGUUGAGGCGAAGGCCUUCAAAUGCCUCGGAGAAGGAGCAGGUGCAGAAGAAGAAGCUCACGCUGCAGAGGUCCAGCAGCUUCAAGGAUUUCAUGAAGCACAAACCCACCUCUCCUGUCGUGGCGGAUAAGGAGUUCUCCUUGGAGGACACUGUGCCAGAAGGUGUAACAGCAGAGGAAGCAGUGAAAAGUGGCAGCAAACUGGGCAAGAAAUGGCGCAACGUCAUCUCACGUACAAUGACCCGCAAAACAUCCAAGAUGGUGCAGAAGGCUCUGGCUGAAGAAGGGGGGGAGAGCGGUGAGGAGCUGUCCCCCGUCUCCGGUGACUGGCACCCGGACCUGACUGCAGGACAAAGGACGUCUGUGUGCUCCACAGGGUCCGAGGACACCAUGCCCAGCCCGGUCACCCGCCAGCUCUCCGGCAGUAGUGACAGACAGAGCUUGGACAGCGGAUACUGCCAGAGGGACAGCAUGAGACUGGAGGAGAACGGCCUUUCUUACACCGGACCCUUCUGUGGCCGCGCUAUGGUCCACACCGACUUCACUCCCAGCCCUUAUGAUGUGGAGUCUCUGAAACUCCAAAAAGGUGACAUCAUCCACAUCAUCGAGAAGCCCCCCGUGGGGACGUGGACAGGGAAGCUCAACAACAAGGUGGGCUCCUUUAAGUUCAUCUACGUCAACCUCCUGCCUGACGAGAGCCCCCCAGCCAGGCGGAAACGCAACAGCAGCAACGCCCGCAGAGCCAAAUCCAAACCCAAAACCCUGGAGGAGGUGCUGGACAGCAUCUGUCUGACGGAGCUGAGUUCUUUGCUGUCCAUGCACGGUUUCCAGAGCCUGGAGGACUUUGCAGGCUUGAAGGAGUCUCACCUCAAUGAGCUGAACAUCACCGACCCAGAGCAGCGCUCCAAGAUCCUGAACGCCACUGAACUGCUCAGAGAUUCGGAAGAUGAAUCUGAGCCAGAAGAGGGGGACAGAUCUGUGGAGGACGCCAAGGAGCCGAGAGAUUCGGGCUGUUUUGAGAGCUCAGAGAACCUGGAGCCAAAGACAGAGGAGGACGAGGUGUCAGAGGAGACAAACAAAGAGUCCAAUAAACAAGAGGAAGAGUCGGAGCAGCAGGGCGAGAACCAGACAGAGCAGCUGGAGGUUGUGCAGGAGCAACUGGAGGAGCUGACAGUGGACGAAGGGUCUUGAGAAGUCAAACUUUUUUUUCUUUGAUUCUUAUUCCUGGUUCUCAAGGAAACUGUGGAUGGAAACUUAAUGCUGUAAACAAACAGCUCUGCGUUGCAAGAGACUGGUGGACUGGUUGAAAUAUGGACACAGCAGUUUGCGUUUUUCCUCACUUUGCUUGCACUGAGAAACAAAUGGCACAACUUCUCCAGGUGUCUCAGCUUGUUUUGAGUGAUGUUGUGGUUUCCUCGUAUGAAUUAUGAUGAUUGUUGUCGUGUGGUGUAAAACAUCAUAUAGGAUGUGUUGGUGAUGAAGCAUUCAAACGUUUUGUUUUUUAUGUUGUUUUUUUUCAAUACGUCCCUGUCUCGUGUUUUCAUGUCAAAUAUGAAUGUAAAAUACUUAAAGAUGUUUUCAUGUAACUUGAAGUGAACUUCGACUUACAGUAGUUUUGCUUGUUCUUGUAUUUUGUGGUACUUUACUCUGAUUCUGUGACGUGUUAUUCCGGAAAAUCUGUAAAUACAAUUUUAAUAAAACUUAAUUCACUGA